CGUCUGUCUUACCUUCCGUUCCGUUCUUUUCCGUCCUGUCUUGGCUCUCCUCAAAAAUUUCAAAAUUAAUCUUCUCCCUCUCCCUCCUUCUCUCUCUCUAAACAGUAAAACCACCAAGGAGUCGACAUUCCGAGCUCCAAUUUCCCGAUUCUGGCUCUAGAUCGAGAAUUCCCGAGUUCCCCAUUCUUUGGUUCUUCUUCAUCUGCAAGUCGGUUCGUAGCUUCAUGCACUCAGUCUCUGUCCGCGACCGACCCUCCUCAUUUCACUACAGUCUCCACUCUCUAGUCCCUCCCCAACCGAUUUCUUCAUCCUUCUGACUGAAUACAGACUACUUCACCAAUUUAUAGCCCAUUUUUCUUCACUGAAACAUGGGGCUGGAGGACUACCAUGUGAUAGAGCUAGUUGGGGAAGGAUCUUUUGGCAAAGUCUAUAAAGGCCGACGCAAAUGCACUGGCCAGACUGUUGCCAUGAAGUUUAUAAUGAAACAAGGGAAAGCCGAGAAGGAUGUUCAUAAUUUGAGGCAAGAAAUUGAGAUUUUGAGAAAGCUAAAGCAUGAAAAUGUUAUUGAAAUGCUUGACUCGUUUGAGAGUCCCCAAGAGUUUUGUGUUGUCACAGAAUUUGCACAGGGUGAACUAUUUGAGAUACUAGAGGAUGACAAAUGCCUCCCUGAAGAACAAGUCCAGGCUAUUGCAAAGCAACUGGUGAGAGCGUUGCAUUAUUUGCACUCAAAUCGAAUCAUCCACAGGGAUAUGAAGCCGCAGAACAUACUCAUCUGUUCUGGAUCAAUUGUUAAGCUUUGUGAUUUUGGGUUUGCCCGUGCAAUGUCCCAGAACACUGUCGUUCUGCGGUCCAUAAAAGGAACACCCUUAUAUAUGGCUCCAGAGCUGGUCCGGGAGCAACCUUACAACCACACUGCUGAUUUGUGGUCGCUUGGAGUUAUAUUAUAUGAAUUGUUUGUUGGCCAGCCCCCGUUUUACACAAAUUCUGUAUAUGCUCUCAUCAGGCACAUUGUUAAGGAUCCUGUAAAAUAUCCGGAUAACAUGAGCUCAAAUUUUAAAAGCUUCCUUAAGGGAUUGCUCAAUAAGUCGCCACAAAAUCGGUUGAGUUGGCCUCAUCUUCUGGAACAUCCAUUUGUCAAAGAGAUUUCAGAUGAAAUGGAGGGCAGGGAGGUUCCCUUUGCAGUUGCUGCAGCUUGUGAAUCUGAUGCAGCCUUGGAUAUUUGCAGAAAAAACAGCCAAAGAUCAGCUGAUCUAGCUGGGUCUUCUCCUGAGGUUGCAGGGAAUACUUCACCAGUACCUCCUGAGGAUUUUCCUGGAUUUGCAAGUCAUAAUGAUGUCAAGCACUCUGGUAAUCAUACGUUGGACAGAUUGGAAAACAACUCACGAACAGUUAAAGGCGCACAAGUAAUUGGUAAAGAUAACGAAGCAUUGACACAAGUCUUGCUACCUCUGAGAAGGUGGUCAAAAGACUCCCAACAUUCAUGCAGGGAUCAAGAGAUUAUUUGUGCAAACCAAUCAAUGAGAAUUCUUUCUAACUUGGUUGCUGCUGGGGCUUUCCAGUCUAGUGGACUGCUAGAUGAAAUACUGAGUGAACUUUUUGAGUUCACUUCCAGUAUAAUGAGCCUGAAUUCAUCUGGACUCAAUGAAUUACUAUCCAAGGUUCUCUCUGUCAUAAAGCAUUUGUUAGAUUGUAGUGUAAGUUGCAUUGCAAGUUCACAUUUCACAAAACACUGGGUUGCAAUGACAGAAAUUUUUUCACAGAUUCUCAGCUCCAGUGAGGACUCUACAGGAAGAGUUGUUUAUGAGGCCAGCACUUGUAUCACAUCUGUAUUAUCAAAAGUAGCAAAUGCUCUCAAAACUUCAGAUUCAGAUACAGUUAACACUCCUUUGAUGAUUGAGAGAUCAAAGCAGAUCCUUGAUCGAGCUAAGACAUGUGGCUUGAUGGAGCAGUUAUGCAUUUGCUUAGCAACCGCAGGCUCAGGCCUCAUUUCUGGUUCUUCCACCAUGUUGCGUACUGCUUGUGAAGCUUGUAAGGCAAUCUGGUCACUGAUAGAUGGGGUGGAAGCUCUUUACAUGAAAUCAAAUCCCUCGUUAUUUCCUGUAACUGCUUUUCAAAGUUGUUCAAUGCGCCGGCUUCAGAUUCAGGACCGUGAAAGAGUCUCGUUGGUGGGAACAGAUUCUACAAGAAUGAUUGAUGCAUUUGUUAGAGCUUUCUUGAGAUCAAAAGCUGUUCAGGUAGCUGUCUCCUACUGUUUACGUCAACGUAUGGAGACUUCACUACAGGCUACAAUACAGAUCCUUUCAAGAUGCUGCCUGCAAAGUGCAAUUAUUCCUGGCAUUCUUUGUGGCUUACCCACUUCGCUUCCUUCUACUACUGUUGUAAGUGGUGGAGGAGAUGGAAGUAUAGUUUCUGAAAUAUUCUCCGUUUUGUCAUUGUGUGCUUCGUUGCUAAGCAAAGACCCUCAAGCAGGCGAAACAGCAAAGACUACGUUCGCAAAUCCUUCCCUUCUAGCGACGCAUUCUUGCCUCCUGCUUGCUAUUAUUGCUCAGUGUUUCAAAUCCUCUGGAAGAAAUUCUGCAUUGUUUGUGCUGACCACUUCCAUGAAAAAACAGCAAGCCAGACUUUCAGUUCUUGCCCACCAUUUUUCUUCUGAUGAUGGGAAGGCUUCGCUGCAUCCACAUUCUGCAUCAGCUAUGUUGGCUCUUUCUUGUAUUCUAUCCCUUGAGUGUGGUACUCCUGUCGAGUCGUCAAUCUCUGAAGUAGCAGUUCCUUUGAUUCCUCGAACUGCCUCUCUCUGUGAACAGCUUAAGGUAUUGGAUGGAAAUGGAACAACUAAGCCUCAUAAUUCCAGUGGUGCUCUAUCAUAUUGGCAUGGUCUUCGGGAUGGAUGUGUUGGCUUGCUAGAAUCAAGACUGAAGUGGGGAGGGCCACUAGCUGUACAGCAGCUAUGUGCAAGUGGCAUUCCUCUUCUUCUAAUUGAGUUGUUAAACCACAACCAUCAAAUUGCCUCUGCUCAAGAAACUGCCAGCAGUGGAUAUCAGGUUGGGCUCUCCCCUGCAGGGGUUGUGUGGACAGUUUCAUCGAUUGGCCAUUGCCUUUCCGGUGGAGCUUUGGUCUACCGUCAGAUUUUACUUAGGCUUGAACACAUCAAGCUAGUCAGUGACUUGAUAUCUGAAGUUCACCUCAAGCUUGUUAAAGGGUGGGGUGGUCCAGGUGGUGGAAAGGAUGGAGUGAGAGAUCUGAUAAACUCUGCAAUUGAUAUGCUAGCUUUCCCUUUUGUUGCUAUUCAGAAUGCUCCUGGUCUGCCUGCUUCUAAUGCAUCUAUAAACAGCGGCUUCCUUCUCAACACGGGUUCACCUGGGGGUAAAAUAUGCAUUGAAGAUAGGGCCAUUGUGAAAGCAAUAGAAGAAGAUUUAGGGAAGUUUGCAAAAAUCCUAUUGGAGGUGGGAGUACCUAGCAUUAUUCUUCAGUGCCUGGAGCAUGUAGAAACAAAAGAUUUGGGUAGGCCUGUUGCAUUUCUUGCAAAGAUGGCUGGCCACAAGCCUAUGGCUGUUCACCUUGUGGGCAAAGGCUUGUUGGAUCCUAAUAGAGUUCGAAGACUGCUUGAUAGUUCAUCCCCAAGGGAGGUUACAUUGGAUAUCCUUAUGAUCAUCUCCGACUUAGCUCGGAUGGACAAGGGAUUCUACGAACAUAUCAACCGCGCUUCUGUUCUAGAGAUCUUGAAGGACUUCCUGAUACAUGAAGACCCUAACAUUCGGGCAAAAACUUGCAGUGCUCUUGGCAACAUGUGCCGUCAUAGUGCCUACUUCUACACUUUACUACAAAGGCAUCACAUAAUUGGUCGCCUAAUUGAUCGCUGUGCAGACCCAGAUAGACGUACCAGAAAAUUUGCAUGUUUUGCUAUUGGAAAUGCAGCAUACUAUAACGAGAUGUUAUACGAUGAGCUCAGAAGAUCAAUCCCUCAGCUAGCCAAAUUGCUGCUGUCAUCCGAGGAAGACAAGACGAAAGCCAAUGCUGCUGGUGCAUUGAGCAAUCUCGUUCGCAACUCCAGCAAACUCUGCGACGAAAUUGUCUCCAAUGGAGCUAUGCAGGCUUUGCUGAAGCUGGUAGCCGACUGUUCCACGAUAGCCCUGAACCCAAGUAGGAAAGAUGGGUUGAACGAAUCUCCCCUGAAGAUAGCGCUUUUUUCACUGGCGAAGAUGUGUGCACACGCGCCUUGUAGGGAGUUCCUCCAGUCAUCAGAAUUAUUUCCUGUGAUAGGGCAACUGAGGCAGUCCCCGGAAUCCACCAUUGCCAACUAUGCUACCCUCAUUAUCAGUAAAGUCGGCGGAACUUGAGAUGGAGUUGGGGGGGGGUAGUUACAGGUUAAACAUCCUCGUUAGCUUUUUUAGUUCCAGAGAUGUGCUGAUGGGAGUGGUUGUUUUGGCGCUCGUUCAAGAAUUCACAGCUGAUAGUGCAAACAAGGAUUGCGCGAUCCUUUGUAUGAAAUUGUUUUAUGUGCUUUCAUGCUCAAAAACUGAUGUAGAUUGGAGCAUGUGACAUUCUGAUAGUGAGCAAUUUGCAGUUGAUCAAGCAACUUAUGCAGCCACGAAAUUACCAACUGGAAAUCAUCUCUGACGUACCAUUUCUCUACAAAGUUACAUCAUGUGGUUGUAUGUGAAGUUAUGUUUCUAACAGCGCUACCAUUCUCAUCUGUUCAUCGUCGUGGAUAAUGGUCGAUGGCCUGGAAGCUUCUAACAGCAAACAAGAUUUGCAGAGAGAGAGAGAGAGAGAG